UAGAGAUAAUGUGUCUUCCCAAGAAACAACUUCUGACAGAAAUUUGCGUCGGCGUACUAGAUAUGCACAAAUGUCACCGGAGAGAAAAGAAUUACUUUUAUCCCAGCUAAGAAAAAAAAGGGCUGAAUCAAAAAGACAAACACUCCUUCAUCAAUCAAAUAGUACUGGCGCUCUUACAAUUACCACUUCUUCGUUAUCUCCUCAACAAGUUGAAGCUUCCAAACCUACAAGCCUACCAGUUACUUCAACUAGAGGAGAACAUAUAGUUAAUUGCUUAUCUACCUUCGAAGUAGGAUCAACAUCAACUGCAUCUCAUGUUGCAAGCAAAUUAACUUCAAGACGUACUGCAAAUAAAGGAACAACUUAUUCAAUCAAGGGUAAUUGUUUAUAUAGUUCUAGCUGAAGGAAAUGACAGGAUGACCUACCUAAAAAUGCAAAUAAAUGAUGAUGAG